CCCGACACUAUUCUGGAAGCAUCAGUUACAUAUUAAAAAUUAUAAUACAUUAACCGCAACCUGAAUAGAAGAAAAUGGCGUCACCAGCAUACACAGCUGGAGACCUAUACUACGCAGUGUACAGAAAGCAAUGGGAUGAAGUAAGACGCAUUAUUAGACGCCAACCUCUACUCGUAAAUGAGAGACCUGGCGUCUGGCCGUUAUUACAUCUGAUUGUGUUCCGCAUCGCACCAGGUGAUGUCGUCGCUGAGAGUUUUAAAUCAGCGACGGCAGAAGCUGUGGACUACGUGUAUCCGGGCUCUGGUAAGUGUAUUCUACAUCACAUUGCAAUACUCGGAUAUGCACAGGAAAUGAGAGAAUCUCUGAUGAUUUCUGCACGCAAUGUCAAUUUGCAAGACAAGCGGUUUAAAGAGACUCCUCUUCACAACCUGUUAGAAGCCAAACAUAUAUUCAGAGAUCACCUUAACAUUGCAAGACUUCUUUUGGAUGCCGGGGCUGAUGUAAAUAUAGAGAAUAAGACCAAUCGGACGCCACGUGAUCUCUAUAUAAAUAAUAAAUGUCAGAGGUAUGAUUCUACAAAUAGAGAAAAACACAAGGAAGAAGUUUUGCAACUUCUGCAAGGGAUUGCAGUCCCAGAAGUAAUUAUGGCUAGAGGAGAAGCAGCUCUGAAGGUUUUUAAUGAGGAGUUGGAAGAUGGCAAAAUCACAGUAAACCACGCACGAUUAAUGGUGACUGGAAAGGAGGGCGUUGGAAAAACGUGUUUGGUAAACACUCUGCUUGAAAAACCAUUUAAUGAAGCAGAACCAUCAACCGAUGGAAUUGUUUUGACUACAGCUUUCCAAACUACUGAUGUUGGUUGUAAGUGGAAAGAAACUGAGGACAUGGACGAGUGUGAACGGAUUAAGCUGAUAUAUGAUAAUGAAUUAGAAGGUAGAGUUGCUGGGAAAUUAAAACUGAAAGGUAAUCAAAUAGAGGGAGUUGAAUUGACACCUCAACCAGCACUAGAACCAGCACCUCAACCAGAACCUUCACCUCUACCAGCAGCAGAACCGGCACCUCAACCAGCACCAGAACCAGCACCUCAACCAGCACCAGAACCAGCACCUCUACCAGCACCUCAACCAGCACCUCUACCAGCACCAGCACACAUGCCUAAAAGAACGAGAACCCAGAAAUUAAUUAGGCGUGUGUUCUCUCCAUUCAGCAAAAAAAAGAGAAAAGGAAAAUCAUUUAUCACACUACAGUAUGAUGUGAUGUCAGGACCAAUAGAAACAGAACACAAAGAAGUAUCUAGCCAAGCACUUCCAUCUGAAAUUCAGGAAAGAGUUGUUGAUAGAAUUACUGGAAAGACCUCACAGACCAUUGAUAAUAAAGAUAUGACUUAUAUCUGGGACUUUGCUGGCCAGCAGCUGUACUACAUCACACAUCGAAUAUUCUUAACAAGCGAAGCAGUGUAUGUGAUUUUGUUCAAUUUGCUGGAAAGUAUGUACGACAAAGGAAAGAAAAGAGUCUAUAAGGGGGACAAAUAUGUGAUGACAUAUGAUAUGACAAAUAUACAGAUCAUCAAAUACUGGAUGAGGUUGAUAUAUACAUACGCUGUCCCAGUUGAGCCCCAACAGCAGCAGCUACAAGCCAAGAAACCUCAAAUUGUGGUGGUUGGUACUCACAGUGAGAGCCUACCUGGGACCGAUGAUGAAAAGAAGGAGAAGAUUGAAGAACAAUUUGGAAUAAUAUUUGAAGCAAUCAAAGGCACUCCGUAUGAAUGUCACGUGGUGAGGAAAAUAUAUGCCAUUGACAACAAAUCUCAAAUCGAAAGUGAGAUGCUGACAACACUUAAACAAGAUGUUGGUGGAUUUCUGAAAGCAAUGCCCAAAACCAUCCCACUCAAAUGGCUUGAAUUCCAGCGUAUAUUGCAGGAGAAUGGUAGGACAACAGUGCGCAUGACGCAUGAUGAGGUCUGUGCAGUUGCCACUAAAUGCGGACUCUCUGUUAAGAAUCUGAUCCACACCCUAAACUACUUACAUGAUCUUGGAAUCAUUCUGUACUUUGAGAACAACAGACUACUGAAGCAUACGGUGAUAACAAACCCACGGAAGCUGAUUUACAUCUUCAAGAAAAUUAUCACUGUAGUGGAACCUCAUGACAGCGAAAAGUGGGCUGCAAUGAUUGAGCUAUGGAAUAAACUUGAUGAAGAAGGAAUUCUUGAGGAAGAGUUAGUCAGACAUCUUUGGAGAGAUGAGCUUGCCAAAGAUGAAUCUAGUUUUGAAGUCUUCUUGGAGUUAAUGAAGCAGUUUGGACUACUCUGUGAGCAGAUCAAGAAUCAGGAAAGCAAACAUCGCUCGUUUUUUGUACCCUGUCGAUUGAAACGGAGCAAAGACAAUGUGUCUAUUGAACAUGAUACAGCUCAGAUGGUAUCUAUCUAUAUGGCCUCCGAGGAUUUCAUCCCUGAUAGUGUCUUCCAUCCUCUGGUUGUGAGCUUGAUUGGAAUGGUACAAGACAUGGGCUACACAGCCAUGCUGCAAUUAUUUAGCAACUAUGCUAACAUCAACCUAGGACUUGAACACACUCUCAGCUUAGGACCAGUAGUCAUUAAUAACAAGCCCUCAUUGAAGCUGGAAAUAUUACGGGUGCCUAUCAUUCAGGAGGAUGGUACCAAGACACCAACAGGUGAACCCAGUCCUAGAGUCUGUAUGCAGGUGUUAGAGUUUCUGAAGAAAGAAAUGAAAGUACUGACGUCUGGAAUGAAGCACACACGUUAUAAGUUCCGUGUCCUGUGCUGGGUAAACUUGCAAGAAAUGCACUUCCACGAUUUAGAAGAGUGCCUGGAAAAUGGCUGUAUCCUAUGUGGGAAGGUAUUGAUAACCACAGGCAAACUUCAGAGAAUGUUCAAGAAUAGGCAACUAGUGACAGAUUCUCCAAUGCAAUUAGCAUGUUCCAGUGUUACUGAAACAGCGCCACCAGGUUGCCUAGUAACGGUAGGCCAAGUAGGCUCCCGCGAUAUUAUUGGAAGAAUCAUGUCAAAUCUUUGUACACCGCCAAUCCAGGAAUGUUAUCGAAGACAGAAAGAUUGUCAAAUGCUGAAUGUGGCAGUGGUUUAG